UUUGGGGCCCCCCCUAUGGGGCUCCGCGCCCCACCUCUUUUUUUUUAACCCAUAAAUGCCCUACGGAACUUAAACUUCCGUAUUCUAUAAAAUAGAAUACGGAAGUUAAAAUUCCGUAUUAUAACUCUGACAGUCAUCACCUUUUCCACCAUUACUCCUCCCUCCACCAACCCCUCCACCAUUACUCCUCCGUCACCAACCCCUCACCAGCCCCCUUAACCCCCUCAAUGCCUCCAGACCACCCUCUCUCUCACCCUCUCCUACCUCACUUUCAUCCUCACUUCCAUUCUUCCUACCACCACCACCAACUCCUUCAUUGGCAAGCUCUCCACCAUUGGAUGCAAAAAGAUAGCAUUUGAGGGAUGACAGAAUCAUUUUUAUUUCAUGAAUCUCAAUUGAUUGAAGUUGGAUUGAACAAUGCUCAACCUGAAGAGGUGCCACCACCAGCAUUUGUACCCCCGUGUAUAAGUAUAGAUGUCUCGCAUUUAUUUACAACUGAUCAGAUUUUCCCUACCCGUGAUGAUCUUAUCAAUUGGGUUCAUGGAAUUGCGAUUGAAAAUGGAUAUGUUGUGUUGAUCACAAAGUCAGAUAGCGGUGGGAAUGGAAGCAGAAAAGCUUAUGUCAUGUUGGGGUGCGAGAAGCAUGGUAAGUAUGUUCCCUACAGAGACCCUGACCUUGUUGAACGGUAUGUUGAUCCUAUAUCAGUAAGCUGGUGCGUCCCAUAUGUUACACGUUUACACAGGUUCACAUCAGAAUUAGAAGCUUGGUUUGUUACUUUUGGUGUUCCUCUUAGUCACCAAAGCUAUGUAGACAUCACCACAGACUGACACCACACUUUGUGUAAUAUUCAUUUGUAAACGCUCUGUAAUAUUAAUCUGAUGGGCCUUGCCCUUAUGUUGUUCAUUGCUGCUUUUAAUAAUAGUAAUUUGAUGGUCAUUGGUAUAUUGAUGGGCCUUAUGUUACUUAUCUUGCCUUUCAUUAUUCACGGUGUAGUUAUACAGGUUAUUUUUCAUUAUAAGAGUCUAAACAUAAUAGGUGGAAAUAGAAAGCGUGGUUAAUAUAAAAAGAGUCCAUACAAUGUCGUCACAUGUCAUAAUAUAAAAGUACACAAAAAAAUAUAUACAAAUAUACAGUCACUCGCCCCGACGCCUAC